GCGUUGAAUAAGUAGGUUUUAGUUUAUCAAUUAAAAAUGAAUUAAGAAUCAAACUGUUUCUUCAAAUUAAUAUUGUAUUUAAUUUAGAUUAAUUAUUAAUAAAACUUAACUAAUAUCAAAAACCUUGCUUGAUGAUAGUGUUGUAAUAAAGUCAGCGACUUACACAAGUACUGAAAGACUGAGGAUAAUAGACUAUAACCUACUCAAGAGCACUUUGUAAAUGACUAUAAGUCUAAAAACAUUGAAUGAUUAUGAACCAGAUUUAUAGUCUGAUCCAGUGGUGUGAUAUGUGAUCACGCCAUAUUUCACUUUGAUCACAGAUAUUUUUUAUAGAUUAGAAUAGGUAAAACUAUGAUCACGCCAUAUUACAACGCUACCACAGUUAUUUUAUAGAUUAGGUAAAACUAUGAUCACACCAUAUGAUACCACAACCUUACAAAUCUGUAUAUAAGUGAUCAGUAGACAUUGAUUAUAGUUAGUGUUAAAUCUCAACAUUGUCUAUACAUUUUAUGUUUCGUCGUUUCAUACCGUAAUAUAUCCGUUUGCUACAAGUCGAUAACAAACCAAGUAACACAAUUUGAUCAGGUAAAUGUUUUUUAAACAAUCUGUUAUAUUAAAAAUUAAACUUAUACUGAUUAUCAUUUUUAUUUAAGGUAUAUUUAAUAUAUGUUAUAAAAAAUAAUAUGUCGUACUAUACUAAUGUAUCUGCAGGCGAAAGCUCUUCAAAUGAUGAUAAUGAAAGUAGUAUGCUAUCAACACUAUCAUCUUCUUUAAAACCGGUAAAAAUGCAGAAUAAAAAAAGAAAAAAUGAUACUGAACCAAAAGUUAAAAUGACUAAGGCUGGAAAGCAGCGAACAGAAUCAAUAGAGACGUACAAGGAUGCCUUAGCUAGUGUAAUUUCGAAAGGAAAUAUUGAAGAUAACGUUUCUAACUCAAUAACAUUGACGGAAGGUAAUUACACGUAUACGAUUCGGUGUCCAGUAGCGCCAAAAUGCGAUGACUACUACGUCAUUCAACAUUAUAAAACUAGUGCUAUUAAGGACAUUCCGUCACUUGAAAGGUAA